CUGCAAUGGUGGCCCAGCCACCGCCCAGACCUCGCCAGGCCCAGUGCUCCGCGGUCCCCACCCUGCUGCCUGCUCAGCCUGGCGGCGUUCCUUCACAGCCUCCUGCCAGCAGAGCCAGCCCCCUGCCCCCACGGGUGUCCGUGCCAGAGCAGCAUUCCGCAAGCCUGGCUGCAUCUCCCCGGCAGAGGCCGAGCAGGGGGCCACUCAGCAGUGGUCAGGCCACGCGACUAGAGGGGCGCAGUGGGGCCUGGGCCUCUGGUCCCGGGCCAGUCACCUGAGAGGAUCUGAUCGCUGCAGCUGGAGUCCUGGGUCUCGCUCUCCCGGCCUGGGUGGCCCGAUGCAGCGUGAGGCCGCCAGUUGCUGGUUGAGAAGACGACCGACUCCCCGGCGGCUGAGUUCUCGCUGGUGGAGGACGUGGCGCUGCACUUUGCCUGCUUGAUGGGCCGCCUCAACGAGCAGCGCCUCUUCCAGCCCGACCUCUGCGACGUGGACUUGGUGCUGGUGCCCCAGCGCAGUGUCUUCCCGGCACACAAGGGCGUGCUGGCCGCCUACAGCCAGUUCUUCCACUCGCUCUUCACCCAGAACAAGCAGCUGCAGCGUGUGGAGCUGUCCCUGGAGGCGCUGGCACCUGGGGGCCUGCAGCAGAUCCUCAACUUCAUCUACACGUCCAAGCUGCUGGUCAACGCAGCCAACGUCCACGAGGUGCUGAGCGCCGCCUCGCUGCUGCAGAUGGCUGACAUUGCUGCAUCCUGCCAGGAGCUGCUGGAUGCCCGCUCUCUAGGCCCGCCAGGCCCCGGCACUGUGGCCCUGGCCCAGCCGGCUGCCAGCUGCACCUCAGCUGCACCCCCCUACUACUGUGACAUCAAGCAGGAGGCCGACACCCCAGGCCUGCCCAAGAUCUUCGCCCGAGAGGGCCCCGACCCUUUCUCCGUGCGUGUGGAGGACGGGGCAGGGGCUGCUGGCGGCACAGGGCCUGCCACCAUUGGGCCAGCCCAGCCUUUCUUCAAGGAGGAGAAGGAGGGUGGUGUUGAGGAGGCCGGCGGGCCCCCGGCCAGCCUGUGCAAGCUGGAAGGUGGGGAGGAGCUGGAGGAAGAGCUUGGGGGUUCCGGCACCUACAGCCGCAGAGAGCAGUCCCAGAUCAUCGUGGAGGUGAACCUCAACAACCAGACACUGCACGUGUCCACGGGGCCAGAAGGGAAGCCAGGUGCCGGGCCAAGCCCGGCCACCAUGGUGCUGGGCGGGGAGGACGGGCUGCAGAGACACUCGGACGAGGAGGAGGACGAGGAGGAGGAGGAGGAGGAAGAGGAGGAAGAGGAAGGUGGUGGCAGUGGAGGGGAGGAGGAGGAGGAGGAGGAGGAGGGUGGCAGUCAGGGAGAGGAGGAAGAAGAGGAGGAGGAGGGGCACAGUGAGCAGGAGGAGGAGGAGGAGGAGGAGGAGGAGGAAGCACCCAGUGAGCAGGAUCAAGAGAGCUCUGAGGAGGAGGAGGGGGAUGAGGGGGAGGCUGGGGGCAAACAGGGGUCACGGGGAAGCCGAGGCAGCCGGGCAGACCCCCCUCCCCACAGUCACAUGGCCACGCGGUCCCGGGAGAAUGCCCGGCGCCGGGGCACCCCUGAACCUGAGGAAGCUGGGCAGCGGGGUGGGAAGCGGCCGAAGCCCACUCCCGGAGUGGCCUCUGCAUCGGCCCGGGGGCCGCCAGGCACUGAUGGGCUGGGGGCCAAGGUGAAGCUGGAGGAGAAGCAGCACCAUCCGUGCCAGAAGUGCCCACGAGUUUUCAACAACCGCUGGUACCUGGAGAAACACAUGAACGUGACCCACAGCCGCAUGCAGAUCUGCGACCAGUGCGGGAAGCGCUUCCUGCUGGAGAGUGAGCUGCUGCUGCACAGGCAGACGGACUGUGAGCGCAACAUCCAGUGUGUGGCGUGUGGCAAAGCUUUCAAGAAGCUAUGGUCCCUCCACGAGCACAACAAGACCGUGCACGGCUACGCGGAGAAGAAGUUCUCCUGUGAGAUCUGCGAGAAGAAGUUCCACACCAUGGCCCAUGUGCGCAAGCACAUGGUUGCCCACACAAAGGACAUGCCCUUCACCUGUGAGACCUGCGGGAAGUCCUUCAAGCGCAGCAUGUCUCUCAAGGUGCACUCUCUGCAGCACUCCGGGGAGAAGCCGUUCAGGUGUGAGAACUGCAAUGAGCGCUUCCAGUACAAGUACCAGCUGCGGUCACACAUGAGCAUCCACAUCGGCCACAAGCAGUUCAUGUGCCAGUGGUGCGGCAAGGACUUCAACAUGAAGCAGUACUUCGACGAGCACAUGAAGACCCACACAGGAGAGAAGCCCUACAUCUGCGAGAUCUGCGGCAAGAGCUUCACCAGCCGGCCCAACAUGAAGCGGCACCGGCGCACGCACACGGGCGAGAAGCCAUACCCGUGCGACGUGUGCGGCCAGCGCUUCCGGUUCUCCAACAUGCUCAAGGCGCACAAGGAGAAGUGCUUCCGGGUCAGCCACGCGCCCGGCGACGGCGCCCCCGCGGCGCCCGCGCUGCCCCCGGCGCAGCCCCCGGCGCACGCGCUGCCCCUGCUCGGGCUGCCCCCGGCCCCGCCCCCGCCGCGCCUGCCGCCGCCGCCCCCGCUCUUCCCCGCCGCCGCCGGCCCGGGCGGGAGGAUGGGCGCCAGCAACUAGCUGCGGGGCGUCCGCGCUGCGCCCGCGGGGCCUGGGGCCGGGGCCGGACGGGGGGCGCCGCCUUCCCGGGAGCGCAGCCGCGCGGCCGGGCCCUGCCCCGCCGAGGCCCCGACCGUGGGGCGCCCCGGAGCUGCUGGGGGGCACCUCCCUCCCAGGUGCCGCCCUUCCCGUGACUCCUUCGAGCCUCGACUGUUUUUUUCUGGAAGUGAAGGAAGGAAACCGUUCGCAGCAUCUCCCUCCAGGCGAGGGGGUGCUGGGGGCGCGCAGCAGAAGAAAGGGGCCUGGGCAGCAGGUGUGGCCCGCCCCUGUGCCAAGGCCUGAGCCAGAGGGGUUGGCCAGGUGGGGCCGGGGUCAGCCUGCGCGGCCUAUCCCCGUGUCUCCUGCGCCCCUGAUUUGCUUCCUCUUCUUGGAGGGUUUGGGGAGGCGUUGGUGUGCCACCCCCCCACGCCCUGAGGAGUUGCGGACCCAGUCUGAGCGCCGAAAGCACGAGGCAGCGUGUGGGGUUGGGGCGGUGAGGUUUGGAGGCCACGGACCAGCGCUGCACUGUGUGGAGCGGGGCAGGCAGGGGCUGGACCCCAGGGACUUGCCCUCCCCACCCACCCCCUGCCUGCAGGCCCAGGGAUCCCUGACUCGCACCACGUGGCACCAAGGGCCCUGAGUCCCGGCGAUGUCCCCAGAAGCGGCUGCGCCUCCGCACUGUCCGCCAGGCCCUGGGUGGGCAGACAGGCUGGCUGGCACCGGCUCUGGGGGCAGAGUCCUGGGAGGAGGCUUGGACGGUGUUGGUUUCAAGGUGCUAUUAGUGAGGCAGGGGCAGGGCGGCUGCUCACAGAGCACCCCAGUGCCUCACCAGCUGCCCUGGCCGUAUAUCCCACACCAGAAGGAACUAGUGUGGCUGUGUCUGUCUCUGCUCCCCAAAGGUCGCUCUAGGUCCUGCCGCAGCCUGUCCCUGGCUGGCUCCAGCAUCCUCGCCCCUCCUGGGCCUCUGCGCUGGUGGGUGGGGCGCCCAUGACGCUGCCGGUAAGGGAGCCUGCAUGUUCAGGCCCCUGGGGGGCCGAGGGGACUGGGAGGCGCAGCCUAGACCCAUUGCUCGCCCCCAUGAGGCUAGCACUAAUAGGAAGCCCUUUUUUGUUGUCAUUUAACGUCUUUAUUCCUGCCUUUAAUGUGGGGAGGAAGGUUCCAUAAGCUACAUGUUCCUAGUUAAGCUCUUUCCUAUUGUGUUCAUCAGUUUUGUUUGUUAUACUCUUUGCACCUUAAUCCCCCACCACUCCCGACACUAUUGCCUUCCCAGCAUGGCUGGAGUGGGAAGAGGCUUGGGCCCCCGGGGGAUGGUUAGGGGACUGAACUCCUCUGACCUCCCUGUGAGGCCCAUGGCGCUGGGGCAGGGAGCUGGGGACAUUUUAAUCAUCAAUAAACGAAGCACUUUAUUCUGUACAGAUUUGGGCAGGCCCAAGGUGCCCGAGUGAUCUGAGGAUUUAUAAUCCAAGCCACAGCACCCUGGUUGUUCUCUGGGCUUGGAGGGGACAGUGCCAGCAGCUUCCCUGCCCAAUUGAUGUUGGGGCUGUAGACUUAGGCUCGGCCCCCGCUCCCCGCUGUCCCUGAGGAGGAAGGCUUGCGGUCAGGUCCCCCGCCCCGAGGCUGGGGAUGCCAGGCUGCUGCUUUGCUGUAGCUCUUUUUCUUCCUUGCACUCCUUGAUCUCUGGGUUUCCAUGAUGUCCUCAGGGUCCCCUUACUCCCCGUUGUUUCUAACCUCUGGUCCCAGUGCCUGGCAGCUCUUCGGAGCUGGCUCACAUUUUUCCAAAAAAAGUUGAUCUCCCAGUGGGCUACAGGCAGGAACCUCCAUGGGUUUCCAGCCCCCGUCACUGGCACCAGGGUCUCCCAUAUGGGCUGGUGGCGUCAUCACCUGCUGGCCCCACUACAGCCUGAGCGGGCCUGAGUGUCCCUGGCCAGGCUGAGACCUGUCGGGCCAUACUGACAAGCAGAGGUCAGAGACAGGCGUGGGGAGCUGGCAGUGAGACCCUGUCCCGGGACUCGGGUUUCCUGUUCUUGUACACUUCCCCUCUGGCAGCAGCUGAGGGGUCCAGACAGCUGCCCAGGGACUGGUCAAGAUGGUCACAGGAGCUCCAGGUGGGCACAACGAGCCCCUCUCCUGGGAGACCCCUGUCACACUGGGGUAGGAGCCUGCGUCCCUGGUGCUAAACACUCUUCACUCGGGCGGUUGCUGGUGGGGGUUCCUUUCUGGCCAGACCACAAGGCCAGAAGCAAUAAUGGCACCUCAGCAGUGCCGGUAUGGAUAGGGGUUCCUGUUUUCUAGCUUUUAUAUCUCCUUUUUAUUUUAAACAAUGUGCCCCCAGAUGUCAGAAUGAGGGGACUGGGGCCCCAUCCCCAAUUCCCAGGGCUGGGAGAAGGGGAACACAGGAUCACCCCCUCUCAAGGAGACUGGGGGUCCCACGGUCCAUUUGGCCAGAACUCAUGUCUGAAGCCUGGGCUUGCCCCCUCCCCAGCCCCUUGGGGCUCUCUGGUCUCAGGCCAGCUGGGGAUGAGUGGCAAGAGUGACAAACUCGAGCCCUGUGGCCACAGUUCUGGGAGCCUUCGACCCCUCCUGCUCCCACAGUCUCCCCGGUGCCCUUCACAGAGGGCUUGGUGGUGGCAGAAUGGCCAUGCCCAGGCAUGUGCUGAGACCACUGACAUCUGGUCGUGUACAGGCGGCCCACAGCCCUGGAGUGUGGGCAUCAAGGCACGCGAGUGAGAAGAGCGAAGGGGAAUAAAGUCAGUACAGCUC